AUGAGUAUCUUCACUGGGGAUGUCAUUGCUAUGUACCCAAGCAUCAAUCUUGAUGAUGCCUUUGAACGGAUUGAAGAAUUCUUACACCAUUCUUCCCUCUGUGCUAAUGUUGAUGCAGGCGCCGUCAUGCACGCCCUGCGCCUCAUCAUGAAACGAAAUUGUUUUCGAUUUGGGGACACAUAUUGGCUUCAAAAAGAUGGCACUGCAAUGGGCACUCCACCUGCGCCCUCUUUUGCUACUCUCUACUACGGCAUUUUUGAACUUGACCUCAUUGAGCAAUUCGGAUCUUCUUUACACUACCUCCGUCGAUACAUUGAUGAUCAGUUUGGCAUCUGGAUCCAUGACCCAGACCCAGUCGUCGAUCAGCACCAAUGGGAAGCAUUUAAACAGCGUCAAGAAACUUAUUGCUCCCUUUCCUGGGAAUUCUCUCCACUGUCUAAAACAGCCAAUUUCCUAGAUGUUACUCUGGAUGUGGAACAGUUCCACAUCAACUUCAAGCUCUACGAAAAGCCUCUGAAUCUUCACCUGUACAUCCCUCCGAACUCUGCUCACACCCCUGCCGUCCGAAUGGGCCUUGUUACAGGUGGAAUCUACCGCAUUCUUCAGCUUACUACUCGAGACUGUGACAAAAAGGACUCCCUGUCCAAGUUCCACUCCCAUCUCUUUGCCCGUGGAUACAAACUUCCUUUCCUCAAGUUUGCCUUUGAAAAAGCUCUCAUUCAAUUUUCAAAGCCACGGGAAAAGAAAUCAAAAGAUUCAACGCGCGACUACAUUCUUUUACAUCUACCUUUCCACCCUCGUGAUCCUCCUCGGCACUCCCUUCAACAGGCCUUUCAUGCACACAUGCUCCGCCCACAAACAAAACACCGAUUGUUUGGUCGAGCUUGUGAUCAUAGCCAAGCUUGGCACAGAACUUAUUCAUGGAAUGGCUGGGAUGCCUUCAUUCAAAAAGAUACACCUGUGGUCCCAAAAGAAAAGUUCAAACCAUAUUUAUACGAACUCCACAACAACGAAAAAGCUCCCAUUCCUAUUAAACGACUUAUUGUUGCAUACAGUUGUGCCCCCAAUCUGAAGAAUCUCCUAUUUCCUUGUCAUGUUGAAGCAAAAUGCCCAACUGCUCGGCAAGUCUCAACUAUUCAAGCUGAACUUUUACAUUCUUUCACAAAUGCAGAGCCCACCUGA